CGAGCGCAGCCAGGUGGAAGACGCGCCUGAUGCGCAGGCGAAUAAAGACGUGUUCUACCCCGACCCUUCAUUUAGACAGGAAUUUCUGAAUUAUAUAAUGAGCGUCAAAUGUGCUGUAACCGCAGCAGGCACUUGGUUUAGCACAUUUUCAACAGCCUCCUUGUUUUCGGCUUCACUCGGCGUCAUUUCAGCACAAUGGACAGCGCCAAGCAUGCGCACGUCCAGAGACGUGGAGGUGAGACAGGUACAAAUGAGACUCACAGAAGAAGAAGAAGGAGCAGAAGAAGAAGAAGAAGAAGUCAACUCAGAAAAUCUUUAAACCAACACACAACCGAUUUGCUGAUGGCGAAUGACAACUCGUGUGAAACGUGUGAAAAGCAGCUGUGAAAACCGUUUAUUAAAGGGUCAGUUCACCCAAAGUACACGACAAAACACUUUGUCCAGCGUUCAGACACAGACCGGUCGCGAUGUGUGGGAGUUUUACCUUCACCCUGCAGAAGUCUGAGUUUGAAAUCUGGUGUAUUUAUUUCAUGAAGCGAUUCAGCCUGUUCUUAAAAGUUUGAAAAGCGUCUCUGUUAGUGCAGGUCUCUCAUUACAGACGUAGAAACACGUUCACCUUUAUUUAUGCUACCUUCUCCCCCACCUUCAUUUGCAAUGCAUAUCUCCUGGGGUGCGUCCUGCGUUCGGUCCGAGCUGAGGACUCGCCUUCAGCUCAGAGCUCCCUGUGGACACAUAAGACAUGGGAGGUUGAGGCCAUGGUGGAAAUCCAGAUCGUUUCACCACCAGAGUAGAGCAAAGGACACCAUGAAUAAAAAACGAUUCUUCCUGGAUCCUCCGGAGGUCAAAGACUAUCUGGUGAAAGGAGAGAGAUUCACCAAGUGGUCGGAGGACUCUACAAAGACUGUUCCUGUGACCAUGAAGAUGGAUCCAAAAGGCUUCUACCUCUACUGGGUCAACCAGAGCAAGGAGACCACGUUUCUGGACGUUGCCACCAUCAGAGACACCAGAACAGGGAAAUAUGCAAAACUUCCCAAACACCCAAAGGUUCGCAACGUGUUCAACCUGGACUUCCCCGACAGCAACCACCUGGCCAAGACCUUCACCGUGGUGUCGGGCCCCGACACCGUCAAUCUCACCUACCACAACUUCUUCGCCUCCAAAGAGAAAGUGACGCAGAACUGGGCCAAUGACGUCCUGGCCGUCGCCUACAACGCUGCGAGGACCAACGCCUGCAGACAGGUCUUCCUGGAUAAGAUAUACGUUCGACUUUCUCUUCACACCAACAAGGACGGGAAGAUCCCAGUGAAACACAUUUAUAAGAUGUUCCCUGCGGAUAAGAAGCGCGUGGACAGCGCUCUGGCAUCAGCAAACCUCCCGAAAGGAAAGUACGACUCCAUAAAGCCGGACGUGUUCACUGAAGCCGCCUUCAGGACGUUCCUGACUCAUCUGUGCCCUCGGCCUGAAAUCUACGAGAUCUUCACGUCCUACUCCACCAAACCCACCAUGACCAAGGAGAACUUCACCAAGUUCCUCAACGAGAAGCAGAGGGACUCGCGGCUCAACGAGGAGCUGUUUCCACGUCUGCGCCAGGAUCAGAUCAAGGCCCUGAUUGACAAGUACGAGCCCGUGUCCACCAACGCUAACAGAGGCCUGAUCUCCCCCGAGGGGCUGCUCUUCUUCCUGAUGGGGUCGGAGACGUCGGUGGUGGUGCAGGACAGGCUGGCGAAGUGCAACGACAUGGCCCAGCCCAUACCGCACUACUUCAUCAAGUCCUCCCACAACACCUACCUGACAGCUGGACAGUUCUCCGGCGUCUCCUCUCCAGAGAUGUACCGUCAGUGUCUGCUGUCCGGCUGCCGGUGUCUGGAGCUGGACUGCUGGAAGGGGAAGCCCCCGGACGAAGAGCCCAUCAUCACCCACGGCUUCACCAUGACCACCGAGAUCCUCUUCAAGGACGUGAUCGAGGCCAUCGCUGAGAGCGCCUUCAAGACCUCGCAGUACCCAGUCAUCCUCUCCUUCGAGAACCACGUUGACUCAGUCAAACAGCAGGAGAAAAUGGCCAACUACUGCAAAACCAUAUUUGGAGAUGCUCUGCUGACGGAGCCGCUGGAAAAAUACCCUCUGAAGCCAGGGCAGCAGAUCCCCAGUCCGUCGGAGCUCAUGGGCAAAAUCCUCAUCAAGAACAAGAAGGGCCACGAGAAACCGGCGCAGGCCAAGAAAAGCCCGGCAGCCGCCGACCCGACGGCGGCCACAGCAGCACCCGCCCAGGACCCCAACGGAACCACCGAGGACCCAAACCCAGCACCCGGCGCCCAGGAGGCCCAAGCCGAGGCCGACGCUGCUGCGGACGACAACGAGGAGCAGGACGACACCGAAGAGCAGGACGAGGAGAAGAUGAAGACGUCGGACGAGGGCACAGCUGGGCAGGAAGUAACAGCCUACGAGGCCAUGUCCUCUCUGGUCAACUACAUCCAACCCAACAAGUUCAUCUCCUUCGAAAACGCCAGGAAGAAAAACAGGAGCUACGCCAUCUCCUCGUUCGUGGAGACCAAAGGGGAAGCCAUGAUCGCCAAGAGCGCCGUGGAGUUCGUUGAAUACAAUAAAAGGCAGAUGAGCAGGAUUUACCCCAAAGGAACCAGAAUGGACUCGUCCAACUACAGCCCGCAGCCGUUCUGGACCGUGGGCUGCCAGAUGGUGGCGCUCAACUACCAAACCAUGGAUUUCCCCAUGCAGCUCAACAUGGCUCUGUUUGAGUUCAACGGCAGGACGGGGUACCUGCUGAAGCACGACGUGAUGCGCCGCAGCGAUAAGAAGUUCGACCCGUUCUGCGACAGGAUUGACACGGUCGUGGCCAGCACACUGACCAUCAAGAUCUAUUCAGGCCAGUUUCUGUCCGACAAGAGCGUGAAAACGGGGGUCGAGGUGGAGGUGAUCGGACUCCCAGGAGACCCCAAGAAGAAGUAUCGCACCAAGUGGACGACCACCCCCAACGCCAUCAACCCCGUGUGGAACGAGGAGCCGUUCGUGUUCGAGAAGAUCCUUCUCCCAGAAAUGGCCGCGCUCAGACUCGUAGUGCACGAGGAGAACGGCAAAUUCGUGGGACACAGAAUCAUCCCCGUUGACGCCAUCCAGUCGGGCUUCCAUCACAUCUGCCUGCGCAGCGAGAGCAACAUGCCGCUCACUCUCCCAGCUCUCUUUGUCUACAUCGAGGUCAAGGACUACAUCCCCGCUGCUUUUGCAGAUUUCACAGAUGCAUUGUUUAACCCAACAAAGGGCACGGAGAAAACCACGAAGACGCCAAAGGAGUCUUCCUCCGACUAUGUUUCUCCCUAUGAGUUGCCCCUCGUGGCCGAAACCCCCACAGACAAAGCUGAGAAAGAAGGUGAAGCUCCCGUUGCAGCGGCUCCAUCUGAACCUUCACCACCAGCUGAAGCCAGCGAACCUCCACCUCCACCUGAAGAAGCUGAACCAGCAGCAGAGGACACAACAGAUGCAUCACAGCCAGCAGCGGCAGAACCUCACAGUCCGGACAAGGGCGCAGCUGAAGAGCCAGCACCAGCACCAGCACCAGAACCAGCACCAGCACCAGAACCAGCACCAGCACCAGCACCAGAACCAGCACCAGCACCAGCACCAGAACCAGACCCCAGCCCCGCCGCUCCGGAGGCCCCGGAGACGGAAGCACUGGAGACACAAGACGCAGGCCCAGAGCCGGCUGCAGACGAGGGGCCUCCAGCGUCCUGUCCAGCAGCUGCAGGAGCUGAUGCUCCAACACCAGCAAACGGUGAAGAGCCUUCAACCGCGACUACAGACGAACUGACACAGCACAAGAACUACCUGAAGGUCAUCAAGCGCCAGGAGAGAGAGAUGAAAGACGCCGAGAAGAAGUGUCAGAGGAAAGGAGAGGACCUGAUUCAGAAAUACUCUGACUCCUUCAAGGCCGUCAAGAAGAAGGCAUCACUGAAGAAGAAAGAUGGAGCAGGAAACGUUGCCGACUCCAGCGUGAAGACUGAGCGCGUGCAGGAGCUGAAGAACAAAAUGCAGGCGGAGCUGCAAAGUGUGUGGACGGAGCAGAACGACCAGAUGAAGAAGAGGAAGGAGCAGUUUGCUACAGAGAGACUGGCCAAACUGAUGGAGAUCGCCACCGAGAAACACACCAGUGAACUGAAGAACCUGGAGAGUGAAACCAAAGAUAAUAAGAAGAAACUUUCAAAAUGUCCAUCCACAGAUAAAGCAAAGCUGAAGAAGGCGAUGAGCACCGAAGUGCUGGAUGAGGCCAAUCAGUCGGAGGCUGCAUCGUCGGAUUACAGCCCGCAGCAAGUGGCUCUGAUGAAGAAACAGGCUGCGACCCUAGAGGAGAUCAAGACCCUGACGCAUCAGCUCAACCAGGAGGCCCUGACGGAGCACGCUCAGAAGGUGCGGUCUCUGCCGGCGCAGGUGAAGGAGGCGGUGAACGUCUGCGUGGGCGCUCACUUCCCCGACAUGGUGGAGCAUCCAGGAGACAGGGUGGAGGGCGUGGGUUUCUAUGGAGACGUCUUCCUGGGUUAAACGCCCAGCGCCACCAGGCCUCGGCUUCACUGCGGCUCCCAGCGCCGCGUUCAUCUCCAGUCUGUGUGAUUUCAGGUUUUAUUCUGUAGGGAUUUUGCAGCCAUAAUGAAAAGCAGACGUUAUAUAAUGUAGGUGAUUGAAUUUCUUUUUCUAUCCUUCUAUUUAAGAGUUAAAAGGGCCGUACAGACAGUUAUUCAUCGACAGAUAUGUAGCAACAAAAACAGGCUGAAUUGCGAUGACUUGCUUGUGUGAGACUCCAGAGAGAGAGAAUCGUCCUGUAGCGGCAGCCACAGAAAGGUUGUGAAUGAGGAGUGACUCACUGACAGAGAGGACACGUGUUCUGUCACAGACGAGGCCUUUCCCCCGAACAAAAGCUCCGCGUUGGCACGUGAUGAAAUGCAUGAAGACCACAGGUUCAUCAGUAGCAGCAGCUCUGCAGAUUCUCAUGCACGGUGGAUGAAUUGGCCUUUUCCUGCUUGUUCUUUCGUCUUGUUUCAGCUUUAAUGAUGUUUUAACUAGGAAAAAAAAAGAAAUUUGAAUGAUGCUAAAAUACGUCCAAUAAACUAUAAACACCUGUA